UUUUUAUGCCUGAAGACAAAAAUUCUAUUAAAUAUCGAAUUUGGCGUUUAGUUACAUCCACGCCUUUUGAAUAUUUUAUUAUGGCAAUGAUUGUAUUAAAUACAUUAAUUUUAAUGAUGAAAUACCACGGCAAUUCUGAUACUUACGAGAAAGUUUUGAGAAUAUUUAACACAGCAUUAACGGCUGUUUUUACCGUCGAAUCCAUCCUAAAAAUUUUGGCUUUUGGCGUUAGAAAUUAUUUUAAAGAUGGAUGGAACAGAUUUGAUUUUAUCACUGUUGUUGGGUCUAUAACUGAUGCGUUGGUUACUGAAUUUGGGGGCCAUUUUGUUUCUUUAGGGUUUUUACGUCUUUUUCGGGCAGCUCGUUUAAUUCGCCUUCUUCAACAAGGAUAUACAAUUCGAAUACUUUUAUGGACUUUUGUUCAAUCAUUUAAAGCUUUACCUUAUGUUUGUUUGUUAAUUGGGAUGCUUUUCUUUAUUUACGCUAUUGUUUUUGGAAACAUUCAACUUGACCCAACCACAGAAAUUAAUAGACACAACAAUUUUCAAUCUUUCUUUAAUGCUGUAAUACUUCUUUUUCGUUGCGCAACUGGAGAGGCUUGGCAAGAAAUAAUGAUGAGCUGUAAUGGAGGAAAGCAAUGCUCAAAGAUAACUGUUGCUACAGCUACAACUGCUGCUACAUGUGGAAGUCAACCUAUAAGUAUUGCUUAUUUUACUUCCUUUGUGUUCCUUUCUUCUUUUUUGAUGCUAAACUUAUUCGUGGCUGUUAUUAUGGAUAAUUUUGAUUAUUUAACGAGGGAUAGCUCUAUACUUGGACCUCACCAUUUAGAUGAAUUUAUACGUGUGUGGGCUGAUUUUGAUCCUACAGCAACUGGUCGUAUUCAUUAUUCCGAUAUGUAUGAAAUGCUUCGUAAUAUAGCUCCUCCUGUCGGCUUCGGAAGAAAAUGUCCCUAUCGUCUAGCCUACAAACAUCUUAUUCGAAUGAAUAUGCCUGUUGCCGAUGACGGAACAGUUCAUUUUACAACAACAUUGUUUGCCUUAAUUAGGGAAUCUUUAAUCGAGGAAAUGGAUGAGGCUGACGAAGAAUUACGUCAAACUCUUCGCAAAAUUUGGCCUCUAAAAUCAAAGAAAAAUAUGAUUGACCUUGUUGUGCCUCCAAAUGGAGAUUUAUGCUUUCAAAAGCUUACUGUUGGUAAAAUAUAUGCUGGACUUUUAAUUCUUGAAAAUUGGAGGGCACGUAAAUCUGGGGUUGAGAUUGGAGGUGGUGGUCUGUUUGGCGGUGGUUUACGUGGUUUAGUUGCUGCUGCUAAGUCUGCUGCUGGCCAACAACAACAACAACCAGUUAAUGACCAAGAGGGGGAACUUGAUUCUCCUUCGGUUGAACAAUAUCAUCCAGUUAGAUAUGGUGGAAGGAAAAUAUCUCCUCCAGCACAGAUCGGGCGUCCCUACUCAAUUUUCUCAACAUUGGUUGAUACAAUACAUCGAAAUAAUAAAACUGGGGAGAAUGAAGGGGAUGAUAUAAACACAAUUGCUGAAGAAGAUACUUCCGAAGCCGCCCAUCAAUUACCACGUCGAAGAAGGCAAAAUGCCUAUGACAGCGAUUUUCGCACUCAGCAACUUUUACAUUCUCGAUCGCCCUCUCCCUUUGAUGAUUCUCAACAACAUUCUAUUCCAAUAAUUAGGCAUCCAAUUUUAUAUACUCGACAACAUGAACUUGAGGAGCGUUUUAGACAUCAUCCAGCAAUUGGUCUACAACCUGGGGACCAAUACCAGUUUGCUAGUGAAUAUGACAGGAAACAUAGAAGUCGAAGUAGCAGCUAUGCUGAUACACAAAAUGAGGCAAUAAGAACAUCACAAAGGCGAAAACUUCCUUCUACGCAACAUUUACGAAACAUUCCCCAACCUCAAAACAUCGAUAUUAAUGAAUACAAAAAUGUUCGACAACAUUCUCCUGUCCAAUCCUCUACCUCCUCGACAUGCUCAGAAUGUAGACGAGGAAGUAUAUCUCCAUCCACUACCUCUUCAAAUUCUUCAGACGCAACUACUUGUUGUUCUUCUUGUGAGAGUUCUGGUACCCUUUCUUCUCGACAAAACCAACUUUCGCCCCCAGCUACAGAUGAUUAUUCACAAUCAGAAAUCGCUUCUUCCUCUAUACAAUUACCAACAGUUAGGCGAAUUCAAUCUCAACAAAAUCGACCACAGCCCAGAACACAUCUAGAAAUUAGGAACGAACAAAAGCCACCUGAACAGCAGCAACAACAACAGCGUUUUUCGCAAAGAAAAUUGCCUGUUAUAAGACAUGGAUCACCCUCAAUAAGUAGCCAAUCAUCUUCUUUAGUUUAUCAACAACCAAAAAUUUCAGUUCCAAAUAUAAAUAGAUAUAAACAACCUGUUGCAGCCUAUUACUUGGCUCAGCAGGAACAAUCACAACAAAGACAACCUGCUGAAUUUACAAAUUAUUAUAACCGUACGGGAUUUAGUAACUCGUCGCCGAGAGGUCCUCUCGGUCGUUGGGCAAUUCAACGUGCAGCAACUAUUGCAAGCACCUCAGCUGCUCCAGCAGCUACUUCUUCAGCAACACUUCCUCGACGUUACAAUAAUCAACAACAACAACAAUCUCAACAUCAACAAAAAUAUUCCCAACAAUAUACUCCCUCAUAUAAUAAUCAGAAUCGUCGAGUUUCUGGUUCAGCUUCAUCUUCAGCUUUGGAUAGUGUCGAUGUAGACAAUCCCCAAACUCCAACUAAUCGUUUAUUACCACAACAAAAACAACAACAACAAUCUUCUUCAAAUAACCCAAAAACUACUAAUUCUAGUUCUAUUUCCCCCGGUGAUAUUGUAAUAUGGGCAAGGCCGGGUAAUGUCCCUUUGAGUGAUUCUGAGGAAGAACCUCCUAUUUAACGAAUAAAAAAACGGUGCAGAAGUAAAAAUAUAUUAAAAUUGUUUUGCUCAAUCAAAUCGCUAUGUCAAGCCUCAUUAUCAUUAUAAGACACUAAACAUUACUAUUACAAACAUGAUUUUUUCAGCUUCAAAUGAUUAUCUUAUAAUGAGC